AUGAAUAGUGUUGAGUGGAUGAUAAAAAAUAAACAUUUUUCAUUAUUAAAAGAAAAGAUUAUUAGAAAUGAUAGAAAUUUAAAUUUUUUUUUAAAGUGUCCAUCCCGAAUGAAACCAAUUAAAUGUCAACAAGAAAUUUUCAAACAUUACAAAAACGAUACAGAAUUAUUUUCAAAUUUAUUCAAAUAUUAUAAAGAUGACAAAUAUCUAUCACAAUUAAAUUUAAAAGAUUUAGAAAAUCAUUCAAUUGAUUAUGAUAAUGUAGCAUUAUUUAAAGUUUUAAUAAAUGAAUUAGGAUAUUGCUUAGAUAAUGAUAAUAAUAAUAAUAAUAGUAAUAAUAAUAAUAAUAAUAAUAAUAAUAAUAAUAAUAAUAAUAAUAAUAAUAAUAAUAAUAAUAAUAAUAAUAAUGAUGAUGAUAAUGAUGACGAUGAUGUUGCAAUUCCAAAAUUUUCAAAAAGUGAUGAUAGAGGCGUUGUAAUUAAGGAUUUGUCAAAUCCAGUAUUAUUUUCAAUAUCAAUUCAUUCUUGUCAAUUAUCAUUCAUUAUAAAAUGUUGUAAAACAAUAUCAUUAUUAUUAUUGAUAAAUGAACAAUCAGAACAAUUCAAAUAUUCAAAAAAUGAUAUCAUUGAAAUUGAACAAUUAAAACAAUAUGAAAUUCCAGAUUUAAUAUUUACAAAAGAUGAAUUAAAUUUUAAAAUUCAAUCAUUUGCUUUUAAAAAUACAAUAGUUCAAAGAUUAUAUAAAAUGGUAUUAUUAUUUUCAGAUUCUUCAAGUCAUUCAAAUAUUGCAUUUUAUCAAAUUAAAUACUAUGGAGAAAUUAAUAAUAAAAUUUAUACACAUAUUUUUAAACCUCAAAGUUUUGGUUAUUAUAUUAGUGGAUUUAAAGAUUACAAAACUAAUUUAUUAAAUGAAUAUUUAUUUGAAUAUUGUAGAUAUGAUAGAAAUGAAAGAAUCAUACCAUUCUUUAAAGAUGCAAUCAAAGAAAUAUUAAAUCCAUCAAUUGAUAAAUCAUUAAAACCAACUAAAAAUUUAUUAAUUAAUUAUGCAAUAAUUUUAAAUGAUUUGGAAAUUUUAGAAAUGGUUUAUAAUAAAUUAUUCAAUAUUAAAGGUGAUGGUGAUGGUGAUGAUGAUCAUGGCAAUGAUAAUAAUAUCAUUUUAUUAGAUGAAGUUUAUUAUAGAAAGGAUGUUAAAAUAUUUGAUUUCUAUAUUAAUAAAUUAUCAGAACAACAUAGAUUACAAAUAUUGGAUAGAAUUGGUGAGAAUUAUACAUUAUCUACUCAUUUUAAAAAUAAUUAUCCAAUUUAUUAUAAAAAUGCAUUACCUCAUUAUAACCAUCCAUAUCAAGACCAAUUGUAUGUAUCAAGAUUUUUAACUGAAAAUUAUAAAGAUGUACCAAUAAAUAACAAACAUUUUAAAAACAAAUUUGACAUUACAAAAAAGUUUCCAUUCAUAAUUCACAGAAGUUUAUUCAUUGAUUUUAAAUUACCACCAUCUAAAUUAACAUAUUUAAAUGAAAAUGGAACUGAAAUUGAAUAUGAAAUUCCACCAUACACAUUACACCAAAAUGGUUUUUUAUCGGGUAUAGCUCAUCAAUUAAAUUGGAUUUUAAAAUAUAGAAAUAAAGAUAUUGAAGAUGGGACAUUAAUAAUUACAUAUGAUUUUAUAUUAUUAACUCAAUAUUUUAGAAAUAAUAUUGAAGAAACCAUUUUAAAUGAUAUCAAUUCAUAUUUUAAUCAAAAACAUGUUAGUCCAAAAAUUUUAAAUUUUCUAUUAGAAGAAAUCGCCAAAAGAGGUGAUAUUGAAACAAUUGAAUUCUUAAUUAACCAAUUUAAAAAUAAUCAACAAUUUUUAAAUCAUAUAAUUAAUCAUUCAAAAUCAAUUUCAUUAACAACACCAAUUAACCAAAUUGAUUUUUAUAAUUAUUUAAGUAAUAAAAAUUAA